UUAACACUGACCAAACAGAAAACAAAUUUAAGGGGACGAAGUAGCGGUGAACUCCUCCUCAAACGCAGAGAGCGUCGUCGCCGGUGGAAGCUACUUCACGGCGGAAACCCUCUUCUUCCCGCGGCACCACCGCGAUCUCCGUUUCAUCCACUUCAUCACCUUCACUGGUCUGCAAUCUUCAAACGACGAUAACCUCCGCGCUCUCACUCCUCUCCGACUCCAACCCUUGCUUUGCUUUUCAAGUGAUACAGAUGAGUAUUGUUACAGAUUCUCCAGUACAUUCUUCAUCAAGCAGUGAUGACUUCAUUGCAUAUCUUGAUGAUGCACUAGAUGCGGGUUCACCCAACUCAUCCUCCUCUGACGAAGAAGCUGAAAACGGAGACGAGUUUGAGAGUGUUAGCAGAGUCAAAAGACAAAAAGUUGAAAUCACUGAGGAAAUUGAGGGGUCUACAUCAGAAGGAACCAUGGGACUGAAUUUAGAGGCCUCUGUGGAGGGUGAAUGUACACAUCCUGGAUCAUUUGGAGAUAUGUGUAUACGUUGUGGGCAAAAGUUGGAUGGGGAAUCUGGUACUACAUUUGGAUACAUACAUAAGGGACUGAGACUUCAUGAUGAGGAAAUUUCUAGAUUACGCAAUACAGACGUGAAGAAUCUGUUGUGUCGAAAAAAGCUUUACUUGGUUCUUGACCUAGAUCACACAUUGCUUAACUCCACUCACCUUGCUCAUUUGAGCUCUGAAGAGGUGCAUUUACUUACCCAGGCAGAUUCUCUAGGAGAUGUCUCUAAUGGUAGUCUCUUCAAAUUGGAGCAUAUGCAUAUGAUGACCAAGUUGAGGCCUUCUGUUCGGACAUUUCUAAAAGAAGCAAAUGAAAUGUUUGAGAUGUACAUAUACACCAUGGGUGAUCGGCCCUACGCUCUAGAGAUGGCUAAGCUGCUUGAUCCUCGAGGAGAAUACUUCAAUGCGAAGGUGAUUUCUCGAGAUGAUGGGACUCAAAAGCAUCAGAAGGGUCUUGAUGUUUUGCUGGGGCAAGAAAGUGCGGUUCUUAUUCUCGAUGACACGGAACAUGUAUGGAUGGAGCAUAAAGAUAAUCUGAUACUGAUGGAAAGAUACCAUUUUUUUGGUUCAAGUUGUCGGCAGUUUAAUUUAAAUUGCAAAUCCCUUUCUGAAUCGAAGAGUGAUGAAGAUGAAACUGAUGGAGCACUUGCAAGAGUUCUCAAUGUGCUCAAACAAGUCCACUGCACAUUCUUUGACAAACUUGAAGAAGAUCUUGUUGAUCGAGAUGUAAGGAAGGUUUUGUCAUCAGUUCGAAGUGAAGUCUUAAGCGGAUGUGUGAUCGUUUUCAGCCGAAUUUUGCAUUCAGCAUUACCUGCUCUCAAGAAGAUGGCAGAGCGGAUGGGAGCUACUUGUUUGACAGAGCUUGACCCCUCUGUGACACAUGUAGUUGCUACCGAUGCUGGAACUGAGAAGUCCCGGUGGGCAGUGAAAGAAAAGAAGUUUUUGGUUCAUCCUAGAUGGAUAGAAGCUGCAAAUUAUUUUUGGCAAAAGCAGCCUGAAGAGAACUUCGUUGUUAAAAAAAUGCAGUAGUCACUUAUCAAACAUUGCUCUGCUUAUAGUUUUUGUUUACAGUUUACAUGUUUUAGUGGUCAUCUGAUUGUGAACAGUCAUCAGCAAUUCAGUAGAAAAUACUAACAGAAACGUUAGCUUUUGGACUAA